AUGAGGGCGGUGGCGAUCGCGAGCCCCGGCGGGCCGGAGGUGCUGGAGGAGCGCGAGGUGGAGGACCCCCCACCGCCGGGGGACGGCGAGGUGCUCCUCAGGGUGGCCGCCGCCGGCGUCAACCGCACCGACACGGUCCAGCGGCAGGGCGGGUACCCGGCGCCGCCCGGCGCCUCGCCGUACCCGGGGGUCGAGUGCUCCGGCUCCAUCCUCGCCCUCGGGGCCAACGUCCACCCGCGCUGGGCCGUCGGCGACCAGGUCUGCGCGCUGCUCGCCGGCGGCGGGUACGCGGAGAAGGUGGUGGUGCCGGCGGCGCUGCUGCUCCCGGUGCCGGAGGGAGUGUCGCUGACCGACGCCGCCGGCUUGCCCGAGGUGGCCUGCACCGUCUGGUCCACCGCCUUCAUGACCAGCCACAUCUCCCCCGGCGAAUCCUUCCUUAUCCAUGGUGGAUCAAGCGGAAUCGGCACAUUUGCCAUACAGAUCGCAAAGCACCUCGGAAUCAAGGUUUUUGUCACUGCAGGAAGCCAAGAGAAACUAGCCGCUUGUGCGGGUUUGGGUGCGGAUGUAUGCAUAAACUACAAAACCAAAGACUUUGCAGCACGCAUCAAAGAAGAAACAAAUGGAAAUGGUGUCGAUGUCAUUUUGGACAACGUCGGCGGACCAUACCUCCAGCGCAAUCUGGACAGCUUAGCAGUUGAUGGUAGGCUUUUCAUCAUUGGUUUCAUGGGAGGCACCGUAACUCAAGUGAACCUGCAGGCCAUGCUUGCCCGAAGAUUGACCAUACAAGUUGCUGGGCUGCGGAGCAGAAGCCUGGCCAAUAAAGCUCAGAUCGUCAGCGAGGUGGAGAGAAAUGUAUGGCCAGCCGUGGCGUCGGGCAAGGUGAAGCCGGUGGUUUACAGGACACUCCCUCUAUCUGAGGCAGCUGAAGCUCACAAGUUAAUGGAAUCAAGCUCCCACAUUGGCAAGAUACUACUGAUUCCAUGA